AUGGACGCGGGCAUCGACGCCGUCAAGCGUGCGGGGGCGGAUCUCGGGAUCAUCGUGGACACGGACGUCGACAGAUCUGGGAUCGUCGACUCAAUGGGCAACCCCAUCAACUCGAACCGCUUCAUCGCCCUCAUGGCGGCCAUCACACUGCGCGACCACCCGGGCACCACCAUCGUCACCGACAGCGUCACCAGCAACGGGCUGACGGACUUCAUCGCCAGUUUGGGCGGGAAGCACUUCAGGUACAAGCGCGGCUACCGCAACGUGAUUAACAAGGGGGUGGAGCUCAACGCCGCGGGGGAGGACUGCCAACUCAUGAUGGAGACCAGCGGCCACGGGGCCCUGCGGGAGAACAGGCGCGUCCGGCCGUUCCCGCGCCUUUUGUAUCUGGAUGACGGCGCCUAUCUGGCGGUGAAGGCCGUCAUCGAGCUGGUCAACCUGCGUCUGGGGGGGUGUGACAUCACCAGCGGGGGGUGUGACCUCACCGCGCUGCUGAGGGGCCUCAAGGAGCCGGUUGAGGGCGCAGAGUUCCGCAUCAAGAUAAAGGACCCGGACUUCAAGCCUGUUGCUGCCAAGGUGCUGCAGGAGUUCAACGCCUGGGUGCAGUCCGGGGCGGGGGGGCGCCCCGAGUACAGGGUCUACGGGUUCGGGGUCUCGUGGCUGUUUUGA